UUCUUUCGCUCAGGCUCUCGGACCGGCAGGAUGGGCAAGUGUCGCGGUCUGCGUACUGCCAGGAAGCUCCGCAGCCACCGGCGGGACCAGAAGUGGCACGACAAGCAGUACAAGAAGGCGCAUCUGGGCACAGCGCUGAAGGCCAACCCCUUCGGAGGCGCCUCGCACGCCAAGGGGAUCGUGCUGGAGAAAGUAGGGGUUGAAGCCAAACAGCCAAAUUCUGCCAUCAGGAAGUGCGUCAGGGUCCAGCUGAUCAAGAAUGGCAAGAAAAUCACAGCUUUUGUCCCUAAUGAUGGGUGCUUGAACUUUAUUGAGGAAAACGAUGAAGUCCUGGUUGCUGGAUUUGGUCGAAAAGGUCAUGCCGUUGGUGACAUUCCUGGAGUCCGCUUUAAGGUGGUUAAAGUAGCCAAUGUCUCUCUUUUGGCUCUCUACAAAGGCAAGAAGGAAAGACCAAGAUCAUAAAUUUUGAUGAUGAAAAGACAUUAGUAAUAAAUUUUCAUAUUCCAAAAA